CACGACGUUAGGAGUUCCCUUGCUUACACCGUGAAAACGCCUCUCCUCUGUCCUCCUAGCCCUUCCGACUGCUAGCCAUCUCUGCCGGCUUGUGCCUAUCUUCCGUCCCAGCCUGCAGGGCUGCAUCUCCCGAGGCAGCGAAAAACGCUCUCCGGGGCGGUGGCGGCGUCCGUCUUCCAGUUCCCUUCAUCUCAAUGAUCAGAAUCUGGGCUGAAGCCUGACACCCGGCUCUGACAGGACAGGACUGUAAUCCAUUUCUAUGACAACAGAGAAGGCUUUGGCUGGGGAAAUGAAGACUGCGAUGGAGGGUGACGCCAGGAGAACCAAUCAGGUUCCAGAGGACCAGGGGGAUAUGGAUGAUAACUCAGAGAAGACCCCCAGCAAAGCCUCCAAAUCCCCCCAGAAAAGCUCCAAGCGGCCCAAGACUGUCCCCGUCAAAGUCACCCUACUGGACGGCUCUGACUAUGAAACCGCAGUUGAGAAAUUUGCCAAGGGCCAGACUCUGUUGGACAUGGUGUGUGGCCAUCUGAACCUGCUGGAGAGGGACUACUUUGGCUUGACUUUCCAGGACACAGACAACACCAAGAAUUGGCUGGAUCCCUCUAAAGAGAUUAAGAAGCAAAUCCGGGUUGGUCCCUGGAAUUUCGGGUUUGCUGUCAAGUUCUACCCUCCAGACCCAUCUGUGCUCAUUGAAGACAUUACCAGGUACUAUUUGUGCCUGCAGCUGAGGGAUGACAUCCUGUCUGGUCGUCUCCCAUGCUCAUUUGUCACGCACGCCCUUCUGGGCUCCUACACAGUCCAGGCGGAACUGGGAGACUAUGAGCCCGAGGAACAUGGUCCAGACUACGUCAGCGAUUUCCACUUUGCCCCCAACCAGACGCGCGAGCUGGAGGAGAGAGUGAUGGAACUACACCGUAACUACAGGGGAAUGAGUCCAGCAGAAGCAGAGAUGAACUUUCUAGAAAAUGCCAAGAAGCUCUCGAUGUAUGGAGUUGACCUGCACCACGCUAAGGAUUCAGAGGGAAUCGACAUAAUGCUCGGUGUCAGUGCCAACGGUCUGCUCAUCUACCGUGACCGCCUCAGGAUCAAUCGGUUCGCCUGGCCAAAAAUCCUGAAAAUCUCCUAUAAGAGAAGCAACUUUUACAUCAAGAUCCGCCCUGGAGAGUAUGAACAGUUUGAGAGCACCAUAGGCUUCAAGCUGCCCAACCAUCGGGCCUCGAAGCGAUUGUGGAAGGUCUGCAUUGAGCACCACACCUUCUUCAGGUUGGUUUCCCCAGAGCCACCUCCCAAGGGCUUCCUGGUGAUUGGCUCCAAGUUCCGCUACAGCGGGCGGACCCAAGCCCAGACCAGACAGGCUAGCGCUCUGAUUGACAGGCCCGCUCCACAGUUCGAUCGUUCUGUUAGCAAGAGGUACCUGCUGCCUCGAAGCAUUGACGGAGCCUCGGCUCUUGGUGACAGUAUGGACCAGCUGUCCCAACGAAGCUCCAGUGAGCGCACACAGUUCAUGUCUAGAGAAGAUCUGGACCAAGAGGGCAGCCUAGACCUGGACCACGAUCAGUAUCAUUAUCAAGACCAAGAUCAGGACCAGUACACAGAUCAGGAAGACGAUCAGAAGCUGACACUGGGUGCCAAUAUCUCACCACCGACCAAGACUUUGGAGCUGAAGGGUGAGGAAGCAGGCUCGCCUGUAGACUCAAAGCCAGAGGAACUGGUCACCCUUCGGCCUAAACAGGAGCAGUUCUUGGACAAACCAGAAGACGUUAUACAAAAGCACCAGGCCAGUAUCAACGAGCUGAAGAGGGCUUUGAGGCAGCCUAACAGCAAAAUGGCCCAGAGAGAGAAACGCAUCUCUUCAGCUACUCCUCCUGGAGGGACUCCGGAGCGGAAACCAGAGACACCUCCCACCCCUGCUAUCCAUGAGGAGUCUCUCAGUGAAGCUUCAAGGGAACCAUGGGAGAGGCGCCUGGGCUCCGUAUCAGAGGAUGAUCAGGACCACGAGAUCCUGUACUUAAAGGAAACCCACCUGGGCAUUGAACGCAAAUGUUCCAGCAUCACAGUCAGCUCUACAUCCAGCCUGGAAGCUGAAGUAGAUUUCACCGUCCUCACGGACCUACACACAGGCAUGGAAGAGUUCUCCAGGGGUAUGUCAGAGCUGGGAGAGAGGGAUCUGUCACCUGAUGGGGGUCUGCGCUUUGGCAUCGACUUGCUCCAGCAGCAACAUCAGCAGCCCUCUGAGCCACCUCCUCCCUUAGUAUCGGCUCCUCUGUCCAGAAGAACCAGCAGCAGUCCUCCAGCCAAACAAAUCCAGGCUGAAGAAGUCCGACCAGAAGUCAAACGGUCCGAUGUGCAGCCUGUAGUUCCCAAAAAACCAAAGAGAUCAGUCCCCGUGACUUCAUCAGUGGACCGAGAUCAGUCACACAGAGAAGGUAGUCGUGUCUCUGUCGCUGCACCACUGAGCAGGGAGGGCAGCGAUAUCAGGCCCACGCCAACAGUCAGAAAGACGGACAUCAGGACGGAGACUCAACCCAAUGGGUCAGAGGUCACCACGACCAUCGUGGAGUUCACGGAUCAGGAUCACGGCAUCACUGGACUAAGUGAAGUUUCUUACUCUACGAGACAGAGCGUUUCCCCUGUGCACAAAGGCAGUCUUGGCAGAGAGACAUCAGGAUCUCCCAUCCUCGUCUCUGAAAACGUUACCUCAGCUACCACUCAUGUUACAAAGACGGUGAAAGGAGGAUACUCAGAGACCAGGAUCGAGAAGAGGAUCAUAAUCACAGGAGACGAUGAUGUAGACCAGGAACAGGCUCUGGCUAUUGCCAUACAGGAGGCCAAGCAGCAGCAUCCAGACAUGCAGGUGACUAAGGCAGUUGUUGUCAGGGAAACAGAAUCAUCCACUGAGGACCGACACGGUGCAUCAGAGUCCUGAUUUCCUGAGACGAGAGUGCCCCCCUUUGGACAAGAAGCGUCAGUGCCCGACUUGAAAUUGCCGCCCACCAUCCCAGUCGAUUAAAGACUACUGCCUGAGGCGCUCUGCUGGAGCCUCUUGUACAAGUUCACACACAAACCUAAAACAGGACUCUUCAAACUAUUUAAUUUGUAUUUGAACGUUUCAUUAUCGAAAUCGUCAUCAUGUUCAACGGAGUGACUUUUUUUUUUUGCAGUCAGGCUGCACAAGUAAGAGAAAAAGAAAAAAAAGAAGCAACAUUUAUGAAUUUUACAUGGUUGAUAACAUGCCACAAGAAUUCCAAACAUCUGGAAAAAUUUCAGACAAUUCAAGUAAAUUCCCUGCAAAAAAUCUCAGGGUCUAUAUGUUCAAAUCACUCGCUUUGGUAUUUCUAAACAAAAACAGAGAACACAGGGAAUUCAUUGGGAAAGGGGUUUAUUUAGAUAUGAGUGGCUUAUACUCUCAUCAUGUGAUUCCUGCUGUGUGUGCUGAAGAAAAAAAAAAGUGUUCACAUUGUGUCACUGAGUAAUAGAAUCUAGUACAUGUAGCUCCAGUACUGUUAAAGCAUCCAGUCACUCACAGGGUUUAGUGAAAACUGUUUAGUUUUCAUAGCUAGUCAAAUAAACAAAUAUCAUCCCAUCGCACUGAAUGAUGAAGAUGCACUGAUUAGAGACGACUGCGGUCCUCUCGAGGCGUUUAGUCGAGUAUUUAGCGAGGACCAGUGUUAGCUAACUAGUAAUAUUUGACUUCCUUUAAACAUAUCUCACCUCGACAUGUGGGUGGUAAGUAUGCAUAUCUGCAUAUAUGUCUUGACAUUAGGAGCUGUUGAUACACAGUGUACCUGUUGUAUUUAUUCAAACAGUGGCAAUGUAGUUUCUGAGCAUGCUGAUGUUUCAGAAUGAGCCCAGUCUCUCUCCUCUCCCGGCCUUUAGAUACGCGCUCAGAACUCACCUGGAUUUAAAUCCUCAUUGGCCGUUGUGUGUGUAGUAAGUAAGUACAUAGAGUAGGCUUACAUUCCUUGUUCCAGUCACAGAACGGGCUCCUGCAUCAGUAAAAGUAGUGUCUGAGAUAACUUUUGCAUGAUGAUGAUUUCUUUUGGAUGACUGGACUGUAAAUGACUUCAGUGGAUAUUAACUCAUCAUAAGGAGCGAUGAUUCUGUCCACGACGGGAACACCCUGAGAAAUUACAAAGCUGCAGAGACUGAAUUGUUAAUAAUCUAAAGUCUUGAAGAGAAAUGAUGCGUGUUGGUGAGGGUGGAAAAAAAGUGGGAAAUGUCAAGUACACAGUACACUCCGUUAUGACAGCACACUCGAUUAUUCUGUUGCAGCCCUCUUACAUUCUCAUCUCUUCUCAAACCGCCGGUGACGUUCAGCUGAUCCUAACCUAGCCGUUUUCUACUUAUUUGCCAGUGAAUGAACAUAAUGUGGGCCACAUAAUGUGAGCUUACGUUCUGCAACCAAGCUGAAAUGGCAUUAUGCAUCAGAUCUCUGCCGACGCUCUUUCGUGUAAAGUACCAUGUUAGAAAUAAGAUACACAGUAGGAGACGCAUCUUUGGACUUUUAGUUGUGUGUGAUUUGGUACAUGGAUGUUAGAAGGAUGCUGUAGAGAUGUAACGUGCCAACUGAGGUAGCAGUCAAACUGUACAAACCCUGGUUUUGUAUGAAAUAACUUUAUAUGAGCAACUUUUAAUUACAAAGUGUCAGAAGGUCAAAUGCACACAUUUUUUGGUAUGACAUGGUUUCCCUUUAAGUAUACUGUCUUUAGCGUUAAAAACAAUAUAUAACUUCUGUAUCUUUUUCAGAACUCAUAUUUUAUAUAUAGACCAAUACAUGCAGCAGAAAAUUCAAACAAUUGAUAAAAGAAAUGUCAAAAGCUGCCACUCAAGGUUUAUGAGGAAAUUAACUGGCUUUCAGACACUAAACUAUACCGUCUAUGUUCACGUGUCUAGCGUAACUCCUUUUGUGUUCCUUAUUUUGGUUCCAAAGUGAUGCUUAGUCAUGGAUGUGGGUGUCAAACUGAAAGGUGGAAAAAAGAAUAAUGCAACCACGCAUACCUUGUACUGUAUAUUUGGUGCUGUUUAGUGGAUCGUGAAGAUGUAUAGUAGUUAAUGGAAAUGGGCUUGAUGUACACUAGGGGGCACCGGUUACCUAAAAGAAGCCAGCUUAGCUGCAACAUCAAGCAUACCCAGCUGAAGUCCUUCUCACCAUCCUUCACUGGAUCGACCAGCAUGGUCUGACUUACCUCUCUCUGUCCAAAAAAAAAAAGGCCCACUCACGGACUCACCAGACUGUAAUAACCAGACUGUGAAUAAUCGCAGACCCUCGACUGUGGCUGAGACACCUGGUGCCGAAGUCUGAUUGGAUGACCUCUGGCAGACCCUUACACCUAACCUUGUCCUUCUGUACAGAGCUCUCCUUCUUCUCCUCCUCCUCCUCUGCAGCUUCAUCUCUUCUGCUCUGCUGCUUUCCACUGCUUAGUGCUGUAUCCUUGCUGUACAUUGUACUUGCAUUCAUUUGAAAAUGAAUAAAGACGAGAGAAAAAAACAA